AUGGCAAGAAAUAAGAAAUUAACGGAGGUAGAAGCUAAAUUAAAGAAAAAAGAAUACGAUAGAAAGCGAAGGGAAAAAACAAAAGGUUGUGCUAAAACUUUAGAAAAACUUCGAGAAAAAGAAAGACUUAAAUAUUUACUGAAAAAAGAAAAAGGUCAAGUAAAGCUUGUAGGUGAUAUGAAUUCAAGAGAAAAACGACAAAAAAGAAAACAAUGGAAAUUAAAUAGUUCAGUUUAUAGAAUUAAAAAAGCGAAUUUACGUAAAAAUCUUAGAUUACUGGAUGAAACGCCACCUGCUAGCCUAGCACCAUUUGCAGAACCUAGUAUUCAAAACAAUUCUGUUAAUAGAGAUGCUAUAGCUAUGCGAAGACGACGUCUGCUAAGAAAUCGUCGAGCAAUAAUGUAUGCCAAAAUAGCUAAUUUAGAAAUAAAACUAAAAGAAGAGGUUAAGAGAAGAGAGAAAUAUCGGAAAAGGUGCGUAAGGAUGAAUAAACAAAAUAAAACAUAUUCACCUGAGGCUAAAGUGACAAAACUUUUAAAGAACAUAAAGGUGCCUGAAAUUGUUAAAAAAAAGCUUCUUUUUUCUGAAUUACUUACCAAGGAACUAACCCAAUCUUAUAAUAGAAUAAAAACCCACAAAGGAAAACAGGAGUACUACAAAAAUUUGAAGCUAGAUCUCUUAAAAAAACGCAGAUUGUUGCAUUUGUCUAAGCCCUUUUUUAAAAAUCAAAACUACAAAAAAAGAAAUUGUAGGAAAGUAAAGUCAAAAAUGUUAACAGUAAAGCAAGACAUUAUCAAUUUUUUGGAGAAAGAUGAAAAUUCUAGAAUGUGUCCAGGAAAAAGGGAUUUUGUCAGAUUAGGAAAAUUAGUGAAGCAAAAGCGCCUGCUUACUGAUAAUAUGCGCAACUUGCACAAACAAUUUUUGAUUUCUGUCACCUACAAAAUAAGUUUGUCGACAUUCUGCAGGUUUAGGCCAUUUUGGGUUACUUGGGCGAACAUCAAGGAACGAGACACUUGCAAAUGCGUCGUUCACGCCAAUAUGGAGCUCAUUGUUUCUAAAUUACAUGAGCAUAAGGCACUGCUGCAUAACAACAUACCAAGACUGCUAACAGCUAUAACAUGUGAUAUUUACUGUGCUAAAUGUUUAUUUAGAGAAUGUGUUACAUGUAAGAAUAAGACCAUACAAUAUUUCCUUCCACUACCAGAUAAAGUGGUUAUUUAUAAGCAAUGGAUGUAUCAAAGUUCAACAUAUGAAAAUAAUGGUAAAAUGAAAACAGUGCGUAAACCUAUUAAAAAAGAAAUAACUAUUUCUCUUAAAAAACUAGUUUCUAUAUUAGAAGAUACAUUGCAAUCAUUUUUGAUACAUGCUGGAAAUAUUGCGCACCAGUAUCAAACAAUAGCACAGUUAAAAAAGAAUUUGUCAGAAAAUGACGUGCUGAUUCAUAUUGAUUUUAGCGAAAAUUAUUCCUGUAAAUAUGGGGAAGAAAUUCAAGCAGUUCACUUUGGCGGUGGUAGGCAACAAGUAACGCUUCAUACUGGUGUAUUAUAUUUAAGAGACCUUAAUAAUAUUGUCAAAGCACAAUCUUUUUGUACUCUCUCUGGUAAUAAUCGACAUGACUCAAUGGCAGUGUGGGCUCAUCUAAAACCAAUAUUCGAUUGGCUAAAAGAUAAAAGACCGAAUAUCCACACCGUACACCUUCUAAGCGAUAGUCCAGUAAACCAGUACAAGAACAAGUUUAUGUUCCAUGUUGUCUUUCACCAUUUAAGAUAUUUUUUUCCUGGUAUUACAUAUUUUUCUUGGAACUAUUCAGAACCCGGCCAUGGUAAAGGAGCUCCAGAUGGUGUAGGUGGUACCUUGAAAAGGUCUGCCGACCAAGCUGUCGCUGAAGGAAAAGACAUAACAGAUUUGACUGUGUUAAAAGACGUUCUGGUUUCAAAAUGUCCAUCAAUAAUGCUUAUUGAAAUAACCACUGCAGAAAUUGAUAAAACAGACAAUUUAGUUAAAGAAUCCGGUCCUGUUUCCACUUUUCGUGGUACUCAAAAAAUAAGGCAAUUUGUUUUCUUGGAUGGUAUGCUCGAGUUUAGAACGCUUUCAUGUUUUGACUGCGUUAGAAAAUGCCAACAUUUUCACCUCGGCUAUUACAAAGCUCGUAAAACUUUGGAUAAAAACAUAACUUCAGUAGCGAUGCGACUUCAAAAAGCUAAUUCUAGGGCACAAAUUUUAAAAAAUGACCUCCCAGCAAAAGAUAUUUUCGUAUAUAAAGUUGGUGAUCAUGUCCUUGUAAGAUGGGAUAGCAACGUUUACCCGGGUGAAAUCCUUUCAGUAUGCAAUGAUGGAGCUUUAAUCAGAUGCAUGAUAAAGGCAUCAAAAUGCUGGAAGUGGCCCGCAAUGAAGAACGAGCAACUCUAUGCCUGGCAUGACGUCCUUCAAAUAAUUGAACCUCCCAAAAUGCUUAAAAAAGGUUGUUACUUUGUGGAGAAAAUAGAUAAGCAAUAA